AGAUCGUUUGACUCAAAUUUGCUCUGUCAAGUGUUAUGAUGAAGCUGCUCUUCUUCCUCGUCGUCUUGGUCCACCUCUUGGCCAAUCCAAGUGAAGCCCAAGUAAGUAAGAUAUAAAAUAUUUCAUAUCAUAACAUUGAAUUCUUUUAAAGUGAAUCGAAAUUUUUGCAGAAACUUUCGAUUCCUGCUAUAUAUUGGUCCUUCGACAUAGACGUACCCAUUCUUAACGUGAAAACACGCGCAUACAUCGUAUCUUAUAAGAGACAUUAAGUUCUUUUUGGUAAUAUUUUGUUAUGCGUAGAGAUCAUUUUAAAAUAUCUCUCACAUAAAAAAUGGUCAUGAAUAAGAUCUAGGCGUUUGAAUUCUAAACAAUCCAAUUAGCUUUACUGUACAUUAACGACAUCAACAAUGCUUCUAAUCUAUUAAAUCUGAUAUUGUUCGCUGACGAUACCAAUGUAUUCAUGUCACAUAAAGAUCUGAACUAUCUCUCAGAUAUGUUAAACUUGGAGAUGGACAAACUGUCAAUCUGGUUUAAAGCAAACAGGCUUUCUCUAAAUCUUAAAAAGACUAAAUUUAUGGUCUUUAAACCAAGACAAAAGCGUUCAAUUUGUAAUAUUCAAAUAAGUAUAGAUAAUCAAAAUAUUGUUAAAGUAAAGGAGACAAAUUUUCUAGGCGUAAUUUUGGAUGAAAACCUAAAUUGGAAGUCGGAAAUAUCUCACGUCGCAAGUAAAGUUGCGAAGUCAAUCGGUAUAAUAUCUAGAUGCAGCUUCUUUCUUCCUAAAUCGUCUUUACGUAUGCUCUACUAUUCCUUAAUUUAUCCUUAUUUUUACUACUGCAAUAUCGUUUGGGCUUCAACCUAUAAAACUAAUCUCCACCGCCUUGUUAUCCUGCAAAAGCGCAUUAUUAGAAUUAUUAAUAAAUCACAUUUUAAUGCUCAUACUGACCCCAUCUUUAAGGACCUCGGUAUACUAAAAUUUAAUGAUAUCCAUUUGCUUCAACUGGGUCAAUUUAUGUAUUCUUGCAAAAAUUCAUUCUUACCUCCAAAGUUUAAUAACAAUUUCUCUCAAAGCAAUCAAUUCCACUCUUACAAUACAAGAAAUUCCCAGGCCUACCGUCUACCGUAUUGUCGUACAAACACGAAGAAGUUCUCGCCCUUUUUUCAAGGGCCUAAGUUUUUUAAUUCACUUGACAACAAGAUCAUCAACUCUCAAUCCCUCUCCUCUUUUAAGAAAAAACUGAAGAUUAAAUUAUUGAGUAAGUAUGAAAACAGUUUAUAAAUCUUUCCAUCUUCGACUUUUCGCUUUCUUCUCUUUAAUUGAUGUGAAACAGCUCUAGCUCAUAGUUCGAGGAGGCCUAACCUCUCAUAAGCUCCUAUAGUUUCUGUUAGGUCUCCUCGCCACUUCUUUUUUUUUUUCUUCUUUUCCUAUAUUUUUUGUAAUUAGUGUGGCAAAUAAAAUAAAAUAAAAAACGUUGAACUAAUCGAGGCCCCGGGACCGAGGCGUAGUAAAAUUUGCUUCUGAAUUUGUUCAAGGUGUACCCGUUUGUGAAUCAAUUUUAUCCUUGGUUUAAAUUUUAUUUUCCUUUGUUUCAAUUUCACUACCAUACAUAACCAUAUCAAAAAACAAAGGAAAAUAAAAUUGGAACCAAAGAAAAAAUUGAACCACAACAUACCCAAUGUAUAAAAGCAUUCAAUGCACUACGAUAUGGAUUAAGCCAAUUUGAGGGUUAGAAACAGCUCUAGGAAUUUGAUCCCACCCUAUAAAGUGUAAAAAGAAUCCUUCUGGUCUCCUACACAGUGCGAAAGAUGUUCUUCUUUACCUUUCCAACAGAUACCUCAGUGUUUGCCUGCAUUAGCAACCUACCUUCAGAACCAGGCUUCACUGUUGCAGAGUGUCAAAAACGACCUUGAUGCAACUAAGAAACAGCUACAACAGGCCAUUGGUAAGUUUGAGCUUAUGUUGCCUCCAUAUCCAGUACGUAUCUCUCUGUUUCGCUUGUAGUUUAUCGUACGGGUCUAUCUCUGUUCUAUGAAAGCACUAGAGUACUGGGCCAGUGCAUUUACACCAGCAUCAAAUUUAAGUUUCUAUUCUUAAAGUGUCUAUUUUACAUUAGCUACUGUCUUCUCGUCUUCUCCUGAGUCUAUUUGUUUCUACAUCCUCAUCAAACGGGAAGCUCUCCCCCCUCCCUCAUCAAGGCAGAUAUAUACAAUAGCUUGUGGUAGAUGUAAAAACAAAGCAACCAUCAGAUUGGCUACAUUUGCAAGAAGGACUGUCCAAGCGGCAAAUCUUAACGUUUACCCAACAACACGAUUUAGGCAUUAGUAUGCUAUUGCAGAUUGAUGCUCGUGGGCGAAAAGUUCUUACCGUAAAUGCAAUGAACAAGCAUUUAUCCCCAUAUCCAUGCCACAAAAACAGGGUUUAAGCAUCGGCUUGGUGAACUCACCAAUUUUUGACACAUUUGUCAUCCCUGAUGAGGCACAUGAGCAUCCUCGUUCCCAGACCUGCUCGUCCCACUUAUGCGGGCUGGGCCUGUGCACAAGGAACAAGUAGCUCUGGAAAAAGUCCAGUCACAUAAGCCUUUCUAAACUACCUUGCAAGAAAAAGAUUUUGAAAUGGAUGUGUUGCGAUUGGACUCCCUUUGUAAGUUUCUACCCAAUUAAAUCUUAAGUGCCCAGAGCCACUUGUUCCUCGUGCGCAGCCCCAGCCGGCUAAGAGAGUUAAGCGGCUCUGGGGAAGCGAGUAGGCACAUGGAUUGCUCUUUUUUUAACAAACAUAUUUUCCUCAUAGGUCAAUGGCCUCCUGGUCAUUAUUGCAUUCUGGCCAGUGGAUCAUGCCCACCCGGAUUUUCCCGUUCCGAGGGACACAUGCUUGCCUUGAAGAUGUACUCUCACACCCCCGUUUACAUCACUCCGGCCAAGUUCGGAAGCAGUCGGAUCCAGUGUCACGGACCCUGUGGCCGGUACGGGCAGUGGGUCGGAGAACUGUACAUCGCAGCAUGUUGCAAGUGAUGGAGAAUCACAACUUUUCUUUCAUACCACAGUCAGCCCAACGUACAUAGCAUUGUUACACGAAUGAUACUAGGAAACUAGGG